AUGCCGAACGGCGACGGCGCCUACGUCAGGCUUCUCGCGGGCAGCAGGGAGGUACUCCCCGUAGUCCAGAGGGCAACGCUCAAGUGCUUCAUGUUCCUCGUCUUCCUGCUAGGGGCGCGCAUGAUCUGGACAGCCACGCUGCGGGUGGAGUACUACGCAUAUCUUUCCGUGUGA